UAUAUGUGAGGGAACCCAUAGAAAAAGAAGUGGAACCUCACUUGUUGCCAGGUGAGCUGGUGCUUUGUGAAGCAAACAUGGUUUUGAAAUUUGUACAAGACGAUGGAUCAAAUCGUGGCACUUUUGGAAAACUUAUUUGCACAAACUUCAAGAUUUCAUUCCUUGGAGAAGAAUCCACUUUGGAGGAUGAACCACAGUUUAAAAAUAAAGUCUUUGGAGAAAAUGACAUAACUCUUCAGUGUGUAGAUCACCUUUAUGGAGUUUAUGAUGAGAAAAAGAAACCUCUAAGUGGGCAACUGAGAAAAUACCCAGAAACAAUAAUAAUCUACUGCAAAGAUCUUAGAGUGUUUCACUUCUGUUUAAGAUACACCAAGGAAGAAGAAGUUAAAAGGAUUGUCAGUGGCAUAGUUCAUCAAACACAGACUCCUAAGCUAUUUAAACGCUUGUUUCUGUUCUCUUAUGCAUCAGCUGCCCCAAAUGAUUCAGAGAAAGAAAAUCAAGUAGUAUGGUUUGAUUCUAUUAAAGACUGGCGCCAAGAGUUGGAGCGGACCAAAGGAAAUCUAAAAUACAAAGCAGUGAAUGCCAAUGAAAGUUAUAAAGUCUCUAAAAAGUUGCCGGCCUAUUUUGUUGUUCCAAUGACUGUUUCUGAAGAGAGCAUUUUGCAGUAUGAUGGGAGAGGAAUUCCAAUUUGGUGUUGGUCUUGCCAUAAUGGUGCUGCUCUCCUCAAGAUGUCAACUUUUGCCAAAGAACAAGAUGACAACACUUCCCAGCUGCACAAACUAUUCUUGGAUGGAAUGUAUAAGACAGUCGAUAAGCCUCCAUAUGAAGCCUUGAAAAUUGAAGACCUUUCAAGCAGCCUCCCAUCUUUGCAAGAAAUCCAAAUUGCAUAUACUAGAUUUAAACAGCUGUUUUUAAUAGAUAACAGUGUAGAUUUCUGGGAUACUGAUGUAAAAUGGUUUUCAUUGUUGGAGAGUACAAAUUGGCUAGAAAUCAUAAGGCGAUGUCUGAGAAAAACAAUAGAUAUUAUUGAAUUGCUAGAAGCCCAGAGCACAAAUGUUCUUCUUCAAGAGGAGAAUGCUUCUGACCUCUGUUGUGUGAUUGCCUGUCUGGUUCAAGUUAUGAUGGAUUCAUACUGUAGAACCAAGCUGGGAUUUCAGAGCCUUAUUCAGAAAGAAUGGAUCAUGGGAGGACAUGCUUUCUUGGAUCGGUGUAACCAACUGCGGCAAAGUGAUAAAGAAGAGGCUCCAGUUUUCUUGUUCUUCUUGGACUGUGUUUGGCAACUGGUUCAGCAAUAUCAACCAGCGUUUGAAUUUACAGAAACAUAUCUUACUGUUCUGUCUGACAGCCUUUACAUCCCCAUAUUUAGCACCUUCUUCUUCAAUUCUCAAUAUCAGAGAGACACCACUACGUAUGGAGGAAGUCUUGCUACAGAAGGCAGAAAACUUAGUUUUCUUUCAGUUUGGGAUUGGUCUGUGCAGUUUGAACACGAGGCUCAGGCUUUGCUUAACAACCCUCUUUAUGCAGAAAAGCCAAAACUAGACAAAAGUCAGAAGAAAGCUUCACGAUUCAAGCAUCAGCGGCAACUCUCUUUGCCCCUGACACAAGCAAAACCUCCUCCAAAAAGGGGCUUUUUUAAGGAAGAAACAGACCAAUUAAUUAAAAACCUCCUGGGCAAAAGAAUCAGCAGGUUGAUAACUUCUUCUGAUGAACUUCAGAAUAACUCCAGAGAAUUCUAUGACAGUUGGCAUAGUAAACCUGUUGACCUUCAUGGACUCCUCCUGCCAUGUUUAGAAGGACCAGAAAUCAAAGUGUGGGCACAGAGGUAUUUACGAUGGAUUCCUGAAGCUCAACUCCCUGGUGGAGGUGCAGUUGCCACUGCAACAAAAAUCUUAGAUGUAAUGGAAGAUGUACAGGGUUUGCAGAAGAAAAUGGAUGAAAGACAUCAUCAGGCCAACUCUGACGAUGAUACAGAAGCUUCUCCCUUCAUGAGAAAUCCUGCUCGUUUGUCAUCCUUAUUUCCAUUUGCCUUGCUUCAGAGACAUUCUCUUAAACCAGUUUUGCCUACCAGCAUUUGGAAAGAUUUGGAAGGUGAAGAAGAUUUGGCCAGGAGAGAUGAUGAGUAUGUUGAUCUAAGUGGUGAUUGAUGUAAUGCUUGCUUUCAGUUAUAGAAUUAAAAAAAAGAACUGUAUUUCUAUCCAGUUACCGGAAUAAAAUUAAUUUCAGAGGGGCACAUAAUUCCCUUUUGGUUGUAUUCUGGCUAAAGAUGAUUAGUUAAGUUUUCAUCCUCCUCUUUGUUUGAGAACACUGACAUAUUUUCCAUAGACAUUGAGGUGGGGGGAGUUACAACAACCUUAUUCUUGUUUAGGUUCUUUUGCCACAGGAAGGGAGAUCACUUUUUUAUUACCAGUGUGUAAGAACCUGCUGCGACAGCAUGGAAGAUAAUGCUAGAGUGUCAGGAUUAAACAAAAUGAACAUUUUUUUUUCUCUAGCAAGAGUCUGUUCUAUUUCUUACCCUCCUCAAUAAAUGAGUCUAAUCUCCCUACCCCCAAAAACUGAUUGUUGAGCAGUCACAGGAAAAAUUAAGAUGUUAAAAAUAUCAAGAAAGAUCUAUUGGAGCCUACCUACUUCAGUGUUAAGAAGUGGUGGUAUCUAAUGUUCAUCAGAAUUGGAGAACAGCCUAGUCUGGGAGAAUUGUCUUUUUAUUGCAUCUUUGAUAAAACCAAUCUUUCUAAGGAGAAUCUUAUUUUUUUUAAGUAGUUUGAAUUUGUCAGUUGUUUUAAAUUCAAGCUUGAGAAAUAAAGAGUAAAGACUGUCACGAAUCCUACUUGUUCUGAUCAUACAUCCUCUUUAGAGUUCUAACAUUGUGUUAUUUUCAUAAAAUUAAUGGUCUUGAGUUCAUCUCAGCCUUAUUUGUUGGCCUCUGUUUCUUGUGUAUUUUCUGACUGGUGUGUGAAGUCAUGGCAAUUUAUUGCCCAGUACAAGAAGCAGUGGAAUUUAUAAGAUGUCAGUAAACUAGAAUUGUUUGUCAAAAUGUUUGUAGGGUGCUUAUGUUGAUCUUCCUCACCAAUCCUAGUAGCUUGCACUGAGUCUCAAGUCCUUCUGUUAGGAAGGCAUUUAAAGAAUUGUAUUCAGCAAUGAAACUGGAUUUGUCAUCCAGUAUUUGUGCUUCUUAAAAACAUGGCAUUAAAGCUAAUAAUGAAUGUAAAGAGUCUGCACAGUGGAAUUUUGGAUUACAGAAUGUUACUACAAUAGUACUGCAAUUAUAAAAGCCAUACAGAAAUGCCUAUUAAACCUAGUCUGCCUAUUCUAAAGAAAUGGACUUGUCAAAUGGACUUCGACAAUUAAAUCUGAUAACGAACUAACAUAAUCCAAAGUUAGAAGUAGUGCACAAGAUAGAACUGACUCAUAACAGGACUACAUUUUCAGAGAAUGAGGGAUAAAUUGAUAAAAAUAGUACAGCUUUCACCAACAUUUCCACCUGUUGGCUAUGCUGGUUAAGAGUUUGGGAAAACAGUUGCCCAACCCAGUUAGUGGGCUGUAGAAUGAGGAAAGCUCAUUCUGUCUGAUGUCUGAUUCCUGAAUUGGCCCUUCCUAGGUGCAUUUCUGGCUUUGGAUUGUGUCCACUGUAACAAACAGAAUUUGCUUUUCUUUUAGUUUUGUUGGGAGCAAGGAUAAGGAGUACUUUUUUUGGGAAUAUUAAGGCGUGUACACAUUGGUGUGCAUAAAAGCCAAAGUGCUAAAGUCCACGUUGCCUUAUGAAUCGUGCUCUUAUGAACUCCUUGAGUUUUCAGAAUUUUUGAAACACAAACUUAUUUGUAUGUGAGCCUUCCGAAAGCUAAUAUUUCGUACUUUUUUCCUUGUGGUGUCUAAUAUUUGCUGCAGCUAGUCCAGAUCCUCCAAUUUAUAGCUGGUUGAAUUGUAAUUUGAAUACUUUUUAAAAAACACUAACAUUAGGCUUAAAUAUUAUUUUUGACAGUACUAUUGUAAUAUAUUGAUCAUGGAAAUGUAUUUAUAUUUAAGCUGUCAAAUAUUGUUUAUCUAUAGAAAAAUAUAUGGAUGAAUUUUUAUAAUAGCUUAUGGAAUUGCUCCAUUCUAGUAUUGAUCAGAACACAGCACUGUAUGAAUGAAAAUUAUUUAAAUGUCAUUGAUUUUUUCAGGUAUUGUGUUAUUACCUCUCAGUUUUUACACUGAAUACAAGCUUAGCUUUAACAGUACUUAAGGAAAAAUCUUCCUGUAACUCACUGUAAUCUAUUUGGAUCUAUGUUAUUUGUUAAUAAAAUGUACUUUUACUAAUAA